AUGGAGAAAGCAUUGGAGCAAUAUGGAGUUACUCAUCGUUUAUCUACUGCGUACCAUCCACAAACAAACGGUCAAGUAGAAAAUGCGAAUAGGGGAGUGAAGAGGAUUCUUGAGAAGACGGUAGGGAAGAGUCGUAAGUAUUGGUCGGACAAGCUUGAUGAUGCUUUGUGGGCAUUCCGUACCGCCUACAAAACACCUUUAGGGACCACACCGUUUAUGAUAGUCUAUGGCAAAGCUUGCCAUCUCCUGGUAGAAUUAGAGCACCGAGCGUUUUGUGCUCUUAAAACCGUGAAUUUAGAUCUUACUCCCGCGGCUAGGAGAAGGUAUUUCCAAAUCCAUGAGUUAGAAUCCCUUAGAGAUGCGGCGUAUGAGCGUUCUUGGAGUAUCAAAGGGAAAACGAAAGCGUUGCAUGAUAGAAAGCUUAAAGGGUUGAAGGAGUUUAAAGUUGGUGACAAAGAGCUCUUUUACAAUUCGAGGUUUAAGUUGCUUCCCGGAAAGUUGAAGUCGAAGUGGACGGGACCGUAUGUUGUGAAGGAAGUGUUUCCGCAUGGUGCGAUUGAGCUAUAA